ACUCAGUAUCUGUAUGAACCGGUUUGUGUGUGAGUAAUUAACACUGAAUAUAUACAUUUUUAUUCAUUCUAGAUUGCACAAUGGCCUUCAUGUUGAGACAGACCACCAGAAGCCUACCUGGAGCUUCCAGAUUUGGUAAGGUUCCUCAAAAUAAGGGAAAAUGCCCAAAGGUUAAUACGGACCUGAAAGACCGUAAUCCCUGGCUGCAAUACUUGCACACGGACUGAAGACCUCCUGAAAUCAUAAAUGCAAAGUCUAAUCCCCAUACAGUAUAUGUAGGAACUGCUCUAUAACAGAAACCUGACAUUGUAACGUCCUGUAAAGAGAAACAGAUGUCAUCGAUCAUCUGAGGAUAUGUAGUGUGUUAAAAUAAUGGCGAUAUUCCUCUCAUACUAUUUAGAUCAGUUUGGUGCUUGUUACAGAUUUACAAUGUUAUUUUAUUUCUGUUACGACUGAUGGAAAUAGGGCAUUAUUCCUGUCACAUCAUUCAGAUCAGCUUGGUGCUUGUGACAUUGUAACUGUAUUUCUCUAUUCACUAUGUUUUCCAGCUGUCCGAUGCCUUAGCUCCUCCGCACAUCUCCAGGCUCCAGGUAAUGUAAUGUCGUAGAUUGGACUUCUGCAAUCGCUAGUCACCUUGUAUCAUAAAAAUAUUCCAGAUGUAGGAGCGGGUUAGAGGUGGGAGGACUAUGGAGACAGGGGGGCUAGAGGUGGGAGGACUAUGGAGACAGGGGGGCUAGAGGUGGGAGGACUAUGGAGACAGGGGGGCUAGAGGUGGGAGGACUAUGGGGAGUAGGGGGUUAGAUGUGGGAGGACUAUGGAGAGUAGGGGGCUAGAGGUGGGAGGACUAUGGAGAGUAGGGGGCUAGAGGUGGGAGGACUAUGGAGAGUAGGGGGCUAGAGGUGGGAGGACUAUGGAGAGUAGGGGGGGCUAGAGGUGGGCAUGCUGUGGAGAGAGGGGGGCUAGAGGUAGUUGAUGAAUAGAGAUACUAUUUUAAUGUUCUGUCCGAUUGGUUUAGAGACUGUUGGUGCCUACUGUGCUCUCCAUUUAAUAUUGUUAUAUAGAGGCAUCUAAUCUAUAUCAUUAAAAUAUUAUGUUUUACCUAAUUGGAAAUUUUUAAAUUUUAGUUUUGCCAUAGUAGCCAAGAUGACAUUCUUUGUGUCCUGUUUGAUAAAGCUCAUAUUUUUAUCUUCACCUGAUAUUAUUACUGUUUGUUUUCAUGAAGAGCAACUGGUGAAUAUGUUGAGAUUGUUUCUCAAUCAGUGCUGCCUCUUGCCCAAACUCCAACGCUUUCAAAUUCUGCCUGUAUUUACUGAGCAUAUCCCAACCUGGAGUGAAAUGGGGGUUAAUUAAAAGCCAGAGCAGGAUACAUGUAUUCAGUUCCUUAGUAUAGUGGGACUAGUUGUAGACUAGAGAGCAACUUUAAUCUUUCAUUGUAGUCUGUGUUUUCCUAUUAAUCUAUUUCUAAAACUUCCUUUUAUGGCUUAUUUGCAAACCGAUAUAACUGAUAUUUCUCUCCCCUUUCCAGCCGUCCAAACAAAAAGUAAGAAGACUUUGUCCAAACCCGGCGUGAAGAAUGUAGUAGUUGUUGAAGGUGUCCGAACCCCAUUUCUGCUCUCAGGAACUACGUAAGCUGUAACUUGUGUCUUGCCGACUAUUCCAUGGGAGUUGCAAAGAAAGAAGGGAAAUUGGGGGGGGGCACACUCGGAACAUGCGUUACUCAGAAAUGGUGCUGCUGUAAAGACCAAAAUGUAUACAAAAUACAGAUUAAGGACAAGAGCGCACACAUAAAAAAAGUUUUUUACAUUUUACAAGUUUAUUUAAAAUUACCAAUUUCAACUUUGGAAAAAUUAAAAUCCUGUAUUUUUGUGUACGUGCGCUGUUCACUAAUCUGUAUUUUAUUCUCUUGGAGUUAUUCACUCAAUUGUAGCAAUAUUAAACUUGUAUAAAAAUUUAGGAUAAAAUGGUUGAAUUGGGGGAGGGAGGGGCAUCUACAUAAUCAUUAAUAAACACAUUUCACAAAUCACUAAAUUAAUCAAUAGGAUAUUUAUUUCUAAAACUUUUUUUAUUUCUUUUUCUAGUAUCCUGUAUUUUAUUUUUAUUCUUUCUAAUCAGACCAUGCAAUCUCUGCCAUCACGGAGUGAUUACGUUUGGGGUUUGCAGAUUGCAGUAUUGAUCAUUUAGUUGUUAAUCUAUAUAAAUCCACACCUGCGAGGAGCUGGGUGCUCCUUAAUCCUGCAUGGAUCUGUUUAAAGGAGCCCCAUAUCACCUAAUUAUUUCAUUAUUCAAAUAGUGCUUAAGACUAAAACAUUAUAGACUUGCUUUCUAAAGGAUCCUAAACUGCAGAGGCAUUUUAUUUUGGUCUGGUCAUCUUUUGGGAAACAUUCAAUACACAUUAUUUAUUUUUAAAAAUACAAAGCUGCUAUUUCACAUGGCUUAUAAUUAUGCCGCUGACCACAGCAAUAUGUGCAAAUCUCUUACUAAUUCCCUGAUUAAGGAGUUAUCACUCUGCCGUAGAUCUGUCUUCUUGCUAUUUUGUUCCAAACAUCAUGAGGUAUGGUACGUACCCUCUGACUAAUUGCCAAUCUACUCUGUUACAGAUAUGCAGACCUAAUGCCGCACGAUUUGGCCCGGACAGCACUGCAGUAAGUAAUACUCCAUUGUACAGGUAGUUGUGCAGGGGGAUCACUGCUUUUCUAGGGAGAGGUAUCUGAUUUAUCUAUUUUACUGUAACGAUCUUUAGGAUAAUGGAAAGUGUAAUGUUAAAGAAACUCUUCAAACCCCUUAAAAACGUUAGCUUUGAGGUGCUUUAUGUGUGAAGUGGUAAACUGAAAAGCGCAGAUUUCAAUAAAAAUUUGCAUUUUUAUUAAACCUUGAUUCACCCCGCUGGCUGUCAGACACCUGGUCCUGGUAUUUCCUGGUUAGAUUAACUUAGUGGAGAUAAACUCAAGAGGCAGCAAUUACCCAGAGAACCUGCCUUGCAAAGACUUCUCAUAGAGCUGCACUGGGAAGCCUGUUAUUGCAGUUCGUUUUUGUUUGUUUUUUUGGGGGGUUUUUUUGCGCGUGGUUUUUGGAUAUAUGGACAAAUGAAAAAAAUGCAUAAUUAAAUGCACAAAUGUUUUCAUGUUGGGGUUUUUUGGGGAGGGGGGGAAUGAAGUGUCUCGUUACUAUAUUCAACCAAAUUUUUGAAAAGUGAAUAUUUUGCUUCUGUCGCAGUCCAGAGAAAGCUAAAUGAUCCAUGUGCCUGCAGUCCAUUACCCUAUUGUUCAUUUGUGUUCGUGUUUGUGAAAUGUUGAAUCACACAUGUUUAAUGUAAGCGUUUCAUCAGAUAUAUGAUUGCAUUACGUUGUCCUUUGUUAGGGGUUUACUCAAUCGCACAAAUAUUCCCAGAGAAUUGGUGGAUUAUAUUGUGUACGGAACGGUUAUCCAGGAAGUGAAAACCAGCAAUGUAGCUCGAGAGGUAAGGACACGACUUUCUGUGAUUCAGUUCUACCUAUGCCAGGUCCCCUGGUCAGCAAUCAAAUAAAAACAGAAUAAAUGUUAUCUGUGCUCCACUAUGAUAAAAUAAUGUAACUCUAUUAUAAUGAAUCCACACUAUACAGAAAGCUCUUAACACUGCAUGUACAGCAUUUUAUUCUAACCAGUUUAAUAUAUGACUGAUAAUAGUGACCCUGUUGGAGAAGAUCCACUCCCAAACUUUGAGAUGAAGCCUAUUUCAUGAGGGUCACUCCGGGAGCGUUGUUUACUUCCACCUCCUCUUAGAAUAAUGGUUUGUGUACUAGGACAGUUAAACUUGGGGAUUCUGUCAUGUGAUUCUGAUUCUUGUUUAAUCUUCAGUGGGAGCUUCAAAUAGUACUGGGCAUUGACUCACUCACUAUCCAGACAUUCAAUCACAAGCAUUAUAACAAGAUUGCCUGUCACUGGCCCUGUAAGCUGUGUAUUCCUCUAUCCAAUCACAAGCAUUAUAACAAGAUUGCCCGUCACUGGCCCUGUAAGCUGUGUGUUCCUCUAUCCAGUCACAAGCAUUAUAACAAGAUUGCCCGUCACUGGCCCUGUAAGCUGUGUGUUCCUCUAUCCAGUCACAAGCAUUAUAACAAGAUUGCCUGUCACUGGCCCUGUAAGCUGUGUGUUCCACUAUCCAGUCACAAGCAUUAUAACAAGAUUGCCUGUCAUUGGCCCUGUAAGCUGUGUGUUCCACUAUCCAGUCACAAGCAUUAUAACAAGAUUGCCCGUCACUGGCCCUGUAAGCUGUGUGUUCCUCUAUCCAGUCACAGGCAUUAUAACAAGAUUGCCUGUCACUGGCCCUGUAAGCUGUGUGUUCCUCUAUCUAGUCACAAGCAUUAUAACAAGAUUGCCUGUCACUGGCCCUGUAAGCUGUGUGUUCCACUAUCCAGUCACAAGCAUUAUAACAAGAUUGCCUGUCACUGGCCCUGUAAGCUGUGUGUUCCUCUAUCCAGUCACAGGCAUUAUAACAAGAUUGCCUGUCACUGGCCCUGUAAGCUGUGUGUUCCUCUAUCCAGUCACAGGCAUUAUAACAAGAUUGCCUGUCACUGGCCCUGUAAGCUGUGUGUUCCUCUAUCCAGUCACAAGCAUUAUAACAAGAUUGCCUGUCACUGGCCCUGUAAGCUGUGUGUUCCUCUAUCCAGUCACAGGCAUUAUAACAAGAUUGCCUGUCACUGGCCCUGUAAGCUGUGUGUUCCUCUAUCCAGUCACAGCAUUAUAACAAGAUUGCCUGUCACUGGCCCUGUAAGCUGUGUGUUCCUCUAUCCAGUCACAAGCAUUAUAACAAGAUUGCCUGUCACUGGCCCUGUAAGCUGUGUGUUCCUCUAUCCAGUCACAGGCAUUAUAACAAGAUUGCCUGUCACUGGCCCUGUAAGCUGUGUAUUCCUCUACCCAGUCACAGGCAUUAUAACAAGAUUGCCUGUCACUGGCCCUGUAAGCUGUGUGUUCCACUAUCCAGUCACAGGCAUUAUAACAAGAUUGCCUGUCACUGGCCCUGUAAGCUGUGUGUUCCACUAUCCAGUCACAGGCAUUAUAACAAGAUUGCCUGUCACUGGCCCUGUAAGCUGUGUAUUCCUCUAUCCAGUCACAAGCAUUAUAACAAGAUUGCCUGUCACUGGCCCUGUAAGCUGUGUGUUCCUCUAUCCAGUCACAAGCAUUAUAACAAGAUGCCCUGUAAGCUGUGUGUAUCCUUUUAUAGCUUACAAUGUCCCUGUUUUUUCUAGGCUGCUCUUGGCGCUGGAUUCUCAGAUAAGACGCCUGCGCACACUGUCACCAUGGCCUGUAUAUCGUCCAAUCAGGCAAUGACAACAGGUACGACUCCUGGUUAUUAUCUACUUAUGUGUGUGUAUGUAUGUGUGUGUGUAUGUAUAUAUGUGUGUGUGUGUGUGUGUGUGUGUGUGUGUAUGUGUGUAUAUAUAUAUAUAUAUAUAUAUAUAUAUAUAUAUAUAUAUAUAUAUAUAUAUAUAUAUAUAUAUAUAUAUAUAUAUACUUUGCUUUAAAAAAAAAAAAAAAAGUGCACUCAUCUGUCUUUAAUUUUUUUAAAUAUUUUUAAUGUGGUUAUUCAUAUCAACUUUGUGUCCUGAUCGUUUCGACCUUGGCGGGUCUUUCAAGUAAAACAAGGGGAUGCUGGGGAUGUGCUGGAUGCAGGGAGUCUGGCUGCUGUGCUAUGCAUGCUGGGGAUGUGGUAGAUGCAGGGAGUUUGGCUGCUGUGCGGUGCAUGCUGGGAUGUGGUAGAUGCAGGGAGUCUGGCUGCUGUGUGGUGCAUGCUGGGGAUGUGGUAGAUGCAGGGAGUCUGGCUGCUGUGCGGUGCAUGCUGGGAUGUGUUGGAUGCAGGGAGUCUGGCUGCUGUGCGGUGCAUGCUGGGAUGUGUUGGAUGCAGGGUGUCUGGCUGCGGUGCUGAUUUUUCUUUGUGGGUGGGCUGCCCGACUAACCUAGGUACUGACCGACAGAAGGUCAGGUACCUGUUUAGUCUCCCCCCUCCCCCCCAAAGGGAAGAUAUGUUGCGAAAGUAACCUCACCACUGGUUUUUGGAGGGGCCUGUUUGCCAGCCUUCUGCCCUGCGACUAUGGCCCUGGGAUGUAUUGCCCUUCUAGAAACUGAUCUGGGCAUACUUGAGGCUUAUAUUGCUGUUCCUGACCCUUUAUUGCUUUUAAACUGGCACUUCAGAUGCAGUCAUAGUCAGUCUUGUUCCAGCAUUAAGCUUUGGCUCAUCUGUUGAUUAUUUGGCGAUACCAGCGAUAUUUAUUCCUGUGGAUUAAUGGGUGAUUUUCUUUUAUGGGAAGAAGGGAAUGCUUGACGGUGAUACAUUUCCUUUAAUGCAUUCUUUAUUUCUUGUACUGGUUUGGGUAUAUAUCGUGUGUAAGCAGAAGCUUUCCAUCGCCCCAGUGAUUCGAUAAUGUGCACUGGUAUGUUGGCGCUGGAGGCUGUGGAGGCCGCCCCUAUAUGGAAGGAGUGACCCGAGUAGUUAGAAGGGUUGCGGCUUAGCUGGGUUAACAGAGAUCUGACGUAUCUCAUGAAUGUAGUGGUAGUAAGUACUGAGCCUUGUAAUAGAAAUAAUGGUUUUGAAGGUGUGAAUCUAGGACCGCAACUGGGCACUACUUAUUGUGGGCAGGAUAAUGUUAUUUCUACUGGUGGUGCAUGUUGGCCCGUCUUGGACUGUAGUAGAGUCAAUAUGUAGUGAUGCAUGUGUUUGCGUAGGUGGGAUCGUUGAAGACCUCUAUCUGUCUGAGUGGUGGUGAUGGUAGUAAACUCUCUUGGACUGAGAAAAACAUAGCAGGCUAUUAAAUUUAAUGGGUGUAAAUCUAAUAGGUCAGAUAAGGAUUGGAAAACUUGGUUGUCUAUUGUCUGAGAGGUAUGUGUAGAAACUGAUUUCUGAAUACAUCUGAGUAUGUUCUUUAUCUGGUAUGAUGACAUGAAGCUAUGGUUGUUUGGCCAUAGGGUUAGAAUGUGGUGUUGCAUGCCUGUCAAAUAUAAUUUAAUGGUGUUGUAAGAUAGUUGUAGUCUAAGAUGGCAAAAAGAAGCAAAACCCAGGUAAGAUGUCAUGAUAAAAGGUUGGGAUAUGUUGUGUUCCAAUAGCAAUCUUUUAAACAAGGUGAUGGCUCUGUUGUACGUCCUACGAGUAUUGGAUGAAAGUACUAAUUGGUACGGUUCCCUGCUAUGUUGCAUGAGUACGUCUAAUCCAUGAUUAGAUGUUGGAACAGAGGAGUGGCUGUGGCUGCUUGAGCGGCUGUAGGAAGUGCUUGAUGAAAUGCCUGGAAUUUAAAUCGAGACAAAUUGUCAGCGGCUAUGUUACAAACACCUGGUACAUGAAAGCAAACCAAAAAGAAAUUGUGACAUGCGGCCAACCAAGUGAGUUUCUUGAGAAAUCUCAUGAUCGUUAGAGAUGAGCGGCCCUUGUUGAUGAAAUGACAUGUGGCUCUGUUGUCUGAGUAACAACGGACUGAUGACCCUGACCAUAAAUUAGCCCAUGCCACGGCAGCUGCCACAAAAAACCCGUGGUAGACGCCGCGUCUGACCAUAUGGUUGAAGUGUCAGACAAUCCUGGGAGGAACAAGCUUUUACUAUUCCAUGUGGUUAAGAAACUCUUCUACAUGUGUAGCUUGAGAAUCUAGGGACAGCCUAUGAUCGUCAUGUCGGAAUGUUGCAUGAACCUAGCAGAAGGUAGUGAUUGAUGCAGGUUAGAAUGUUCACCAUUUUGUCUUGUGGUAAACUUGCUUGCAUGGAUGCCGAGUCAAGUUGUAUGCCCAGGAAUGUGAUGAUAGUGUCUGGGCCUUCCGUUUUCUUAGGGGAUACUGGAACGUCCAGGUGGUUGAACAGACUAAUUGUUUCCUUGAGGCUUCUGGGGGGAAAGGAGUUCUCUUCGACCAACAAGAAGUCCUCUAGGUAGCGUAUGACUGUGGGGCAUCUGGAUAUGUUUAAUAACAACCAGCAAAGAGUUGCAGCGAAUAUAUCAAAUAUUUUGGGGCUACUCUUUGACCCAUAAGUUAAGCGGGAGAAGAAAUAGUAACUGCCUGCCCUUUUAAUGCCAUGUAAGUGCAAGUGUAGGGUGGAUUGGUAGCAGUUUGAAAGCAUUGAUGAUAUCAGUCUUACUCAACCAAGCUCCCAGUCCUGCUUGAGUGAUAGCUGGAAUGGCAUCAUCACUGGUGGCGUAAUUUGGUGAAAACUCCUCGGAGGGUAUGAGGGAGUUGAGACUUGGUGUAGCAGAGGUGUGUGGUGCCGAUAAGGCUAUGAUUAGUCUUUGUUUGAGGGAAGAUUUCCAUGUGACAAUCCCAAUCUUUCUUAAUGUGCGCUGGAAUCCUAUGUGCAGGGUUAAAGUCCAGAGUUUCAGAACAAUUGAUUGAAACAGCUAACUGAGUUUUGGUUGUUGCUGGUUGUACUAUAGUGGGAGGCCCAGCCUUUGUGAGGGCUGUGGUGACCGACUCGAGAUUUUCCAGUCUGUCAUUCACUUUGCUCAUGGAAUUCAUGAGUGAUGAUAGCAUAGCAUGUAUGUAACCCGAAUUGGUGUUGCUGGUGCCUUCCCCCACCUGUUAUCUGUUGAUGUGCGGAACAGCUUAAAUAGUUCCGCUUUAUAAGUGAUACCUUUUCAUUGGCUUGUAGAGAGUGAUAAAGGGAUCACGUAUAAUCUAUAUAUAUAUAUAUAUUUUUUUUUUUAAAUGUCUCUAUCUCUAUUUGUUUGCAGCGGUGGGUCUUAUUGCGUCUGGUCAGUGUGACGUGAUUGUGGCUGGAGGAGUGGAAUUCAUGUCUGAUGUUCCCAUUCGCCACAGCAGGAAGAUGAGGAAGACUAUGCUAAGUCUCAAUAAGGCCAAGACCCUGGGACAGAGGCUUUCCGUGGUCUCCAGAAUUCGACCUGAUUUCUUUGCUCCUGAGGUAACUUUCACCAAACUCUGACAAUAAUGUCCAUCUAGAGGUUUAGGGAUUUUUGGAUGUGCUUUCUCAGGUCAUGGGAUUUUAAAGCCUCAGAUUGCGUUAAGAUGAAACCUUCACUCAGUGCCUCCAAUCUAUGGUUUGCAGAGCAGAGAAGGCCUUGUGAACUACUGCUGUGGUUCUCUUUAGAAUUGUUACUGAAACACCAUUAGAUACUAGUAAAUUGGUGACUAUCAAUGUGUGAACAUUGAUCCUGACUGGAUUGCUUGCUCAUGUCUGGACAGCCUUGUUUCACACAUACCUCUUGCCUGGAUUGAUUGCUUGUAUCUGGCAAGUUUUAAAUAAUUGCCCUGGUUCUCUUAUAGCUCCCAGCAGUUGCCGAAUUCUCAACCAGUGAAACCAUGGGGCACUCUGCAGACCGGCUGGCAGCGGCAUUCUCUGUCUCACGAGUGGAACAAGAUGAAUACGCCCUUCGCUCUCACACCCUGGCCCAAAAAGCACAGGAUGCUGGCUUCCUGUCUGACAUCAUCCCCUACAAAGUCCCAGGUAACGUGGAUUUUCCUCUGUGUUUAAUACUGUGUUGGGAAGCUUGGGUGUAAAUCUGGGAGGCAUGUUUUUUUCCAGCAGACCCCAAACCAAACUUUCAUUAUCCAGCCCAGAACGCGUGUUUCCGGUUGGCGCUCCAAUGACUCUGCUGGAGGUUAAGUUACACCUUGGCAGCAGAGGGGUUAGACUCUGUAUGUUUCAUAGAGACAGUCAUUGAAGUGGUCGCUUCGAGUGACCCUUUAGCGCUGACUUUUUAUAAAAGAACUCAGAGCUAGUUCUAUUUUUUUUUUUUUUACCACUUUUAUCUACAGGAUUUCUAUCGACUAAUUACCACCACCCAUCAUUUCAGGUAAAAAUACAGUGGAUAAAGAUAACGGCAUCCGCCCAUCUUCUAUGGAACAGAUGUCAAAACUGAAACCAGCUUUCGUUAAGCCUCAUGGGACAGUCACUGCGGCAAACUCCUCCUUCUUGGUAACUAUUUCCAUGGGAUGUGUGAUAUGAAAUAUCUGUGAUUUAUGAAAGUUGUUUGUUUUUUUUUUUGUUUUGUUUUUUUAAGGUAUACCCCACAUUAAUUUUAUUCACUUUUGGUGCAUCCUGAUCAUAUUAGCGCUGCACUUUAUAAUUUUAGUUUUGGAUGGUUAUUGGUGGUGUAUUUGGAAGAUGUGAUGGACCGCCUGGCACCCCUGUGAUGACCUGUGAUGACCGCCUGGCACCCCUGGGGUUCCUCUGCUAAUCACUGCUUCCUAGUGCCCACUGAGUACUCCAAGCAUUCCACUAGACCUCAUCAGCACCGUAGUCCCCACUUUACAGCUUGGCUGGAGUCUCUCCUUCCUCCACCCACCCUGGACCCAAGACCAGGAUCCAGCUUCCAGUGGGUAGACCUCUCCCAAUCCAGAGAGUAGAGCAGGUAUAGCAGUGUAGCUCUUACAAGAGUUUAAAUAUAGCAAUCCAAAGAACAAUCCCAAUAGCAGGGGUUAUAGCUGGUACAGCUGUUCCCUACAAUCACGAGAAAAGGCUCUAUGAGGGGAAAACGGAACUCAUUUAUUGGCAGGUCAAGUGGCUUUAUAUGCAGGUCCCAAUGCAAGGGGCUCUCCCUCCUGGACCUGAGAGUAGACUUGCAGUAAAAACAUACACAGGAUUACACUGGCUCUCAGGUCCAGGACACUCCCAUACAAAGUAGGUCAAUCCCUACCAUGUGCCUGGGAGAUAAUUACUUGAGUACACAAACAUAUAAUUAAAUUAUAUCUCCGUACAAGAAACAUGCAACACAACAACACCCCCAACAAGUACCCCUAAAACACCUCCCCUGAUAGCCCCGAUCUGGGGGAGCAACAUAUCCAAAAAUCACCCAGAUUGGUUCAGGGGUUUGGAAUUUCGAUGGAAGUCAUUUUGACCGACCGUGCACAUGGUCCUAUGCCCAAAACCGUUCCUGAGACUUAGGGCCAGCAGUCAGCCUCUCUUUAUGGAGUACAUACAUCUCAUACACUUUUAAAGGGCCCAUAGUCUUUUGGCAGGAGGCUGGCAAGCAGGCCCCUCCAAGAACACAUGGCAGAGGCAUUUCUGCCACAGAAGAUUCUACACUUAAAUGUUCUAGCUGCUACGUUGAUUAAUUUUAGAUUUCAAUAUUUUUCAUUUAGCAAUUGGUUAAAUUUAUGACCAUUUUGUUUUAAUCCAAGUUCGCACUCCUCACAUGUAGUUGAGUGGCCCCUGUUAUUGGUAUGGAACUUUUAUACUGAUCCUUUAUACUGUGACUGCUACAUGGAGAUUUCCAUGAGUGAGAGCUGUGCUGUGCCGGUGAGGCUUCGGCAGCGCUCUUUCAGUUGUGGUGGCUGUUAAUGAAAGCUGUAUGGAGUCUAUGGUGAAGUGUGAGCAUUGUGUUGUCUACGAGGAGUGGGAGCUGAACGGUGUCUGUGGGGAUGCUGCAGUUGCAUAGAAACUGUAGUUGUAGCAUAGUGCAUGCCAGGAUGUGGUAGAUGCAGGGAGUCUGGCUGCUCUGUGGUGCAUGCAUGCUGGGAUGUCGUAGAUGCAGGGAGUCUGGCUAUGUGGUGGUGCAUGCUGGGAUGUGCUAGGUGCAGGGAGUCUGGCUGCUGUGCGGUGCAUGCUGGGAUGUCGUAGAUGCAGGGAGUCUGGCUAUGUGGUGGUGCAUGCUGGGAUGUGCUAGGUGCAGGGAGUCUGGCUGCUGUGUGGUGUAUGCUGGGGAUGUGGUAGAUGCAGGGAGUCUGGCUGCUGUGCUAUGCAUGCUGAGAUGUGGUAGAUGCAGGGAGUCUGGCUGCUGUGUGGUGCAUGCUGGGGAUGUGGUAGAUGCAGGGAGUCUGGCUACUGUGCUAUGCAUGCUGGGGAUGUGGUAGAUGCAGGGAGUUUGGCUGCUGUGCGGUGCAUGCUGGGAUGUGGUAGAUGCAGGGAGUCUGGCUGCUGUGUGGUGCAUGCUGGGGAUGUGGUAGAUGCAGGGAGUCUGGCUACUGUGCUAUGCAUGCUGGGAUGUGGUAGAUGCAGGGAGUCUGGCUGCUGUGUGGUGCAUGCUGGGGAUGUGGUAGAUGCAGGGAGUCUGGCUACUGUGCUAUGCAUGCUGGGGAUGUGGUAGAUGCAGGGAGUUUGGCUGCUGUGCGGUGCAUGCUGGGAUGUGGUAGAUGCAGGGAGUCUGGCUGCUGUGUGGUGCAUGCUGGGGAUGUGGUAGAUGCAGGGAGUCUGGCUACUGUGCUAUGCAUGCUGAGAUGUGGUAGAUGCAGGGAGUUUGGCUGCUGUGCGGUGCAUGCUGGGAUGUGGUAGAUGCAGGGAGUCUGGCUGCUGUGCUGGGGAUGUGCUAGGUGCAGGGAGUCUGGCUAUGUGGUGGUGCAUGCUGGGAUAUGCUAGGUGCGGGGAGUCUGGCUAUGUGGUGGUGCAUGCUGGGAUGUGCUAGGUGCAGGGAGUCUGGCUGUGUGGUGGUGCAUGCUGGGAUGUGCUAGGUGCAGGGAGUCUGGCUGUGUGGUGGUGCAUGCUGGGAUGUGCUAGGUGCAGGGAGUCUGGCUAUGUGGUGGUGCAUGCUGGGAUGUGCUAGGUGCAGGGAGUCUGGCUGUGUGGUGGUGCAUGCUGGGAUGUGCGAGGUGCAGGGAGUCUGGCUAUGUGGUGGUGCAUGCUGGGAUGUGCUAGGUGCAGGGAGUCUGGCUGAUGUAUCUUUUAAACCUGGAAAGCUCUUAGAAAUGGGUCACGUUGUCUUGUUUCAGACCGAUGGUGCGUCGGCGGUUCUGAUUAUGUCUGAGGAGAAAGCUCUAGCUUUGGGUUACAAGCCUAAGGCUUAUCUCCGGUGAGUUGGACAAUGAGUGUUUGUUUUUGUUUGUUUGUUUUUGUAUAUUUGUUCCAGGUCUGAUAACUGAAUUGCUCUUUUGUCCAAUUAGGGAUUUUGUUUUCGUGUCUCAGGAUCCUAAGGACCAGCUUCUUCUGGGGUAAGUGCGUUUCCAAAAUGUCAAAGAAGCAGUAACUUUGCUCAAUGAGAAUUGCUGAUUAAUUGUAAAUUUUUGGUAAAUUACAUUUAACCACAUCUGAAGCCUAUGGGAUUGGCUAAUGCUUUGCUCACUUUGGUUUUACUCAGAGAUGUAAAUGAUAAUCUAACUAAACCGUGAGUCACAGGGUGUGACUUUUUUUAUUUUUUAAGUACAAAUCUACUUAUCCUGAGCCAGAGACCACUUAUUUCCUCCCUGGCCCCCAUCUAACAUACCACUUGUCUGCGGCAGGGCUAAAGGAAGUAAAUAAAUAGCCUACCCGGAGUGCCAAAAUGGGAGAAAUGUAGUUCAAAAGUUAAGUGUGUCUCUGAAUGCAACGGUCUGCAAAACAAACCAAAUGAUGUAAUGUGAAAUCCCCAAUAUGAGACGGAAACGCCAACGUUUGGGAAAGCGUAUUAAAGUAACAGAUAUUGUAGUCAUUCAAACUAUGGCUUGGAUUUAAUACGCUUUCCAAUGAUUCCAGUCGGUUAGCACAAAACCUUCCAAAUGGUGUAUCUGCAGCACUCUCCAUUAAAGUCUGAGAAUUUUUUCAUGUGACUCAUUUGGAAAGCUAAUUAGAUUGAGGCCUGUGUUUGUUCUGAAUAUUGCUCCCUUGGCUGACUGUUUGUAGCGAAGCCAGAUAAGAAUAUACUCUUCUUAAUCCAUAAUCCAGAUUUGCUACAAACCAAAGUACAUUCCCAAGAUAAUAUGAACUCCUAAAAAUCGUGCACUUAGUGUGUCAUUAACUGGCUCUGUAACUAGUAAAAUAGAGCUGCUAGUUAGCAAGCUGGCAUUCUAUAUAAUAUCAAAGGGCAAAAAGAAGUAGCUAGUUUCCAUGGUGACUGCUCCUCUUUUUUAAAACAUUGCCCCUGAUUUAUUUUGUUAAACACCAAAUCUUUUCCAUUUGUUGUUUUGAAAUUCCAUGGCUGACAUCAUUCAGACAUUUAAUAUAAAUGUAAAUCCCACCCCAGUUUGUUGUAUUGCUUGCUGUCUGCCCACUCUGUAUUCUAGGUUUGCUAUUCACUCGCAUAUAAGAAAUACAUGUUAAUACGAUGCAGUGUUCCCCCCCAGCCACGUUUGUCAGUGUCUUUCCUUCGUACUUCAAAUUAAUGAGCCAUUUCUGUUCCAGCCCAUCAUAUGCAACUCCCAAAGUGCUGGAGAGAGCUGGACUGUCCCUCGCUGACAUUGAUGUCUUUGAAUUCCACGAGGCUUUUGCUGUAAGUUAAUCUCUAAAAUCUCUCCUUGUCCGUAAGGAAAUCGCUUUGAAUGACCGAUGGAUGAGGAUUUCCUUACUAACGUUACUGACACUUGGGGUUAUAAGAAAAUAAAUAAAUUAAAUAAACAAAAAGAAUGAGGUGAAAGUAACCAGUUCCUCAGGCUGUGUUGUGGUAGACUAGUGGCUCCUCUUUAAUUUUUCUCACUGUCCGAAUUCUUUCUAGAUUGGAGAGCACCUCGUAGGCUUUUUAAAUUUAAUUUAAAAUACAUGCAUGGUAAUUAGCAAAAGUAUCUUUCUCAAAUUCUAGGCCACAGUAGCCAAAUUGAAAGCAGAGCUGAGAAUUCAAUUUUUUCAGCUCAUAUAUUUUGACCAUAAAUUUCAAAUGACUUUAAAGCACUUUUCUCCUUUUUAGUAAAUAACCCUGUCAGGCUUCUCUUCAUGUCCGAGAAUGGUUGACCCCUAGAUGGUACCGUGCGUUUUGUGUUAACAGAUCGGAGCAUCAGAAAGCCUCUGUUCAGUCUAGUUAUGUAUGUCUAUAUAUAAAUACAAAGUUAAACAUAGACCUGCACACCAGUCAAGCCAUAACACUUGCUUUUCCCACAGAAAUCACCAAUUUGCAGUGAUGAUACUACUGCAAAGGAUUCUGGGCGGGCAUAUACAAAUUAGUUUACAAAGAAUCACAUUUUUGCCUCAUUUAAUUUUAAACAUUUUUGAUUUUAUUGCUUCCCAAGUGCUACCAAAACUCAAUAGCAAACCAGUAACCAGCCUCAUGCUGAAGAAAUAUUUAUUUAUUUUAUUAUUUUUUUUAAUGUUCUCCAUGGCAUUUUCACUGUGAAUGUAACCAAUCUGGCAAAAUUCCAUGUGAAAAAAUGGAAAUGCGAGCCUUAUAAUUGACCAUGUAACUUUAAAAACAAACAACUCCACUUUGAAUUCUAUGUGUCGUCUUGCUCAGAAAUGCUUCAGACUUGAGAAAGGGAGGUUCUCCCAAAUGCUUGUCAUUAAAAAAAAUUAAAUUUCUGGAUACACCACACGCAUACCCAGUCUGUGCAGAUAAUAUUGCCUUAUAUACUGACAAACUUUAUUUAUUUUAAUUGCACUGAUUGUCCUCUGUUAAAGUUUCUGGUUAACUCAUUCCAUGAAACCUUUGAUUCUCUGUUUCAGGGGCAGAUUUUGGCCAACCUAAAGGCUAUGGAUUCAGACUGGUUUGCACAGAAUUACAUGGGACGGAAGACAAAGGUAAGGACUCCCACGGCACAUCUCCACUCUAGCAGCCCCUUGCGAGGACCUCACAAUCACAUGGCCGGGAUAGCUGGCUGCAGCAUUGCCAGCAGGGGGUGCUGCCUGUAAUGACUGGCUGGAAAUAAAGUUAAAUUUAAUUAAGUGUAAAAAUAAAAAUUAUAUACUUAGAUCAUUCAUAAUAUAUAUUCUAAGUGUGUGUGUGUGUGUGUGUGUGUGUGUGUAUAUAUACACACACACACACACAUACUGUCUAGGUGUAUUUUACUAUAUAUAUAUAUAUAUAUAUAUAUAUAUCUCUGUCUCUGUCUCUGUCUCUCUCUCUCUGUCUCUGUCUCUCUCUCUCUCUCUGUCUCUGUCUCUCUCUCUCUCUCUCUCUGUCUCUCUCUCUCUCUCUCUCUCUCUCUCUCUCUCUCUCUCUCUCUCUCUCUCUCUCUCUCUCUCUCUCUCUCUCUCUCUCUCUCUCUCUCUCAUAAAUAUAUUUAUAUAUAAUAUAAAAAAUAUGUAAAUACAUUAAAAUUAAAAAAUAAAUAAAUAGAUGUUAUUUCGUUCUAACUGUAUUGUGAUAGAUAUAUAUGUGUGUACAUACACACAUAGAUAUAUAUGUGUGUAUGUACACAUAUAUAUCUAUCACACAGUUAGAACGAAAUAACAUCUAUAUAUUUUUAAUUUAUUUUUUAAUUUUAACGUAUUUACAUAUUUUUUAUAUUAUAUAUAAAUAUAUAUAACAAUAAUUGUAUAUAUUUAAUCAGUAUCAGUCUCCGUGUAAUUUGAUAUUAAUAUAUAUAUUAAUAGUAAAAUACACCUAGACAGUGUGUAUGUAUGUAUAUAUGUGUGUGUGUGUGUGUAUAUGUAUGUAUAUGUGCACACAUAUUAAUUCUACAUAUAUAUUUAUGUAAUAUUUUUACGUAAUUAGGUAUUUUAAUUAAUUACAAUUAGCGGGACCUGCUUGACAACCCAUGCUGAAAGUAAAGGGAAUUUAAUUUGCUAGCACUAUAUUUAACCCUAUAACUUUCCAAGACACCAUAAAACCUGUACAUGGGGGGUACUGUUCUACAAAUAUUAGUGUUUCAAAACAGUAAAAUGUAUUACAACGAUGAUGUCGCCAGUAAAAGUGACUUUUUUUGCAUUUUUCACGCACAAACAGCGCUUACACGGACGAUAUUAUUGCUGUGAUACUUUUUACUGUUUUGAAACACAAAUAUUUGUGUUCAGCGAAGUCUCCCGAGUACAACAGUACCCCUCUUGUACAGGUCUUAUGGUGUUUUUGAAAAGUUACAGCGUCAAAUAUAAGGCUUGUGUUUCAUUUUUUUUUCACAUUAAAAUUCGCCAGAUUGGUUACGUUGCCUUUGAGACCCUAUGGUUGCCCAAGAAUGAAAAUUACCCCUAUGAUGGCAUACCAUUUGCAAAAGAAGACAGCCCAAGGUAUUGCAAACGGGGUAUGUCCAGUCUUUUUUUAGUAGCCACUUAGUCACAAACACUGGCCAAAAUUGGCGUUUUUUUGCAUUUUUCACACAAACAAAUACUAUUGCUAACUUUGGCCAGUGUUUGUGACCAAAUGGCUACUAAAGACUGGACAUACCUCAUUUGCAAUACCUUGGGUUGUCUACUAUUGCAAAUGGUAUGCCGUUAUGGGUGUAAAUUUUAUUCCUGGGCUACUAUACAGUCCCAAAGGCAAUGUAACCAGUCUGGCGAAUUUCAAAUGUAACGUGUUAUAUUUGACCCUGUAACUUCCCAAAAUGCCAUAAAACCUGUAUAUAGGGGGUACUGUUUUUUACACGUGAGACUUUGCUGAAUACAAAUAUGUGUAUUUUAUUGCAAUAAAAGCAAACAGUAUUAUGACAUUGACAGUUAAAAUGUCAUGUAGAACUAAAAAAAUUUCAAAAAAAUCUUAUUUUCUCCCAUUUUUUCAUAUGAAAUUGUUUCAUAGCUAAAUAUUUGAUAUUAAAUGAAAGCCCUAUUUCCCCUGAAUAAAAUGAUAUAUAAUAAGGGUGGGUGCAUUUAAUAUGAAAGAGGUGAAUUACGGUUGGACAGACAUGUAGCGCAAAUGCCAGGUUUUGUUUUGUUCACAACGUGUACAUUUUGGCUCCGUCUUUAAGGGGUUAUUAAUACUGCAGCACUUACUCUUAGUAAAGAUUAUAUUCUGCCCCCUGGUGGUGAUUUUAUUGCUAUCUGUUUGGUAAACAUUUGCUGUUUUGGUUUUUGGUAAUGGGUGGGCACAUUGAAUGCAGUAGCCGGGCUUUAUUGGUGUUUGGUAAUGGAUGGGCACAGUGUGUGCAGUAGCAGGGCUCUUUUGGUGGUUGGUGAUGGGUGGAUACUGUGUGUACUGUAGCGGAGCUCUAUUGGUUAUUUAUUGGGCACAGAAUAUGCAAUGGGUGGGGAUGGGGCUGGUUUGGUUGUUUGUAACAGGUGGGCACAGAAUAUACAAUGGUGAGGCUGUUUUGGUGGUUGGUAAUGGGUGAGCACAGUGUGUGUGCAGUAGCCAGGGCUGUUUUGGUGGUUGGUAAUGGGUGAGCACAGUGUGUGUGCAGUAGCCAGGGCUGUUUUGGUGGUUGGUAAUGGGUGAGCACAGUGUGUGUGCAGUAGCAGGGCUGUUUUGGUGGUUGGUAAUGGGUGAGCACAGUGUGUGUGCAGUAGCCAGGGCUGUUUUGGUGGUUGGUAAUGGGUGAGCACAGUGUGUGUGCAGUAGCCAGGGCUGUUUUGGUGGUUGGUAAUGGGUGAGCACAGUGUGUGUGCAGUAGCAGGGCUGUUUUGGUGGUUGGUAAUGGGUGAGCACAGUGUGGGUGCAGUAGCAGGGCUGUUUUGGUGGUUGGUAAUGGGUGAGCACAGUGUGCGUGCAGUAGCAGGGCUGUUUUGGUGGUUGGUAAUGGGUGAGCACAGUGUGCGUGCAGUAGCAAGGCUGUUUUGGUGGUUGGUAAUGGGUGAGCACAGUGUGUGUGCAGUAGCAGGGCUGUUUUGGUGGUUGGUAAUGGGUGAGCACAGUGUGGGUGCAGUAGCAGGGCUGUUUUGGUGGUUGGUAAUGGGUGAGCACAGUGUGCGUGCAGUAGCAGGGCUGUUUUGGUGGUUGGUAAUGGGUGAGCACAGUGUGCGUGCCGUAGCAGGGCUGUUUUGGUGGUUGGUAAUGGGUGAGCACAGUGUGGGUGCAAUAGCCAGGUUCUUUUGGCUGCUGACAUUGGAUCGGAAUAUAUUUUAUUCUGAUAUUGACUCACUUGAUAGUGUUAUAACUCUGGUAUUAUACAAUAACUGCAUGGACCUCCCAUCUGACUCUUGCAGGUUGGAGCCCCUCCCCUUGAGAAAUUUAACAAGUGGGGUGGGUCCUUGUCCCUGGGACACCCGUUUGGAGCCACAGGUUGCCGACUUGUUAUGGCUGCUGCCCACAGACUGAAGCAAGAGGGAGGACAGUAUGGACUUGUUGCUGCUUGUGCAGCUGGUGGACAGGUAAAUCAUUUUCAUAUAAAACACCCACGUUUGUUUUUUGAGUGGUCUUCUGCAUCACUGGAAACGCAUAUAUAUUCGUAAUACAGCACACUGGCUACAUUCUAGAUUCUAGAUACUGCAAGACACUCAUACACACACAUUCUCGCUCACGCACAAACACAUACACACUCUCACUCAAACACCUGCUCACGCACACUUGCUCAAACACUCACACACAAAUAAAAUUGUAUGUGGGCAUACAUAAUAAAAUUAAUAUUACACACACUGACACUCUCUCACGCGCACACUACACUUGUGUGGAUGCUCUGUUGAGCUGUUUGUCGUCUGCCUACUCUUUAAUAAGUCCAUAAUAUUUUAUAUUUUCAGGGUCAUGGGAUGAUUGUUGAACUUUAUCCCCAGUAAUAUCCAAGCUCGAUUUGUGAAUUGGCCUGGACAUGUUCUGAAUGUCAUAAUGCACUAAACAUCUUGAUCCUUCCAAGAAAAAUCUGCAGUUUUGUGAAUGGUUUCUUAGUUGCCUUCUCUGCAAACGCACCACUUUUUACUGGAGCACUUUGCGCCAUCUAAUGGUCAUAGUAGGACAUUACUACACCUUGCUUGACCCCGAGAGAAUGAAAUUCGAGAAGUUAUUAAACUGCUUAAUAAUAGCUGCAUCUCGGCUUUGGACAUCAAUAGUGAAGAUGUUUGCCACUUUAAUUCCUUCAGGGCCUCUAUGACCGCAACCGAGGCCUCCUGAGCUAUUCUGCCUUAAUAAAUGAGAACUAGAAAAGUUGCCGUGUGUAUUUCAGAUUUUUCACUCACAAUAAAAUUUAUUUUUACUAUGCAGAUCACAGGAGGAUUUCCAGAUUCUGUACUGGGAGGAAGUUCUGCUCUUACAGUGAUUUGUUUUUAAGUAGCACUUUCUCAGUGUGGUCACUAUACACAGAAAUUACUCCCAGUUAUUAGUGUCUGUUACGUGCUGGACUUUUUAACAUAAGUUGGGUGUUGAGGGACGUGCCUAUUUUUACCAAACGUUUGUAUAUGAAAUGUCAGCCUGCCAUGCCUCACUGUUUAGUAAGCUCAUCCCUAUAUGUCAAAGAUCACUUGUUUAGAACCAAAACAAUUCUAACAAAAUAGUUCUACGAGGUGCUUGUUUCUAUUUCAGUACUUUGUUAUUUUGAUCGAGACCUUUACAUAUACAAGAGGACUGGAGAGAUCUUCAUGCACCCCAAGGUGCUCUGACUUUAGUCAUUGGCAGUAAGUACACUGUAGGAUGAGUGCUGGAGAACUGGUUGGUGUGCAUCACAUCUAACAAGUCCUGUUGUAUGGGAACGAUACAUGGCAGCUGUAACAAUGUGAGCUAGCUGGGGGAUAGCUCUGCAGGGCAGUGACUAAAGGAAAGGGGCAAUAAAACCAUUGCAAUCAAAAGGUAAAUCACUUCAUUGGUCAAACUUUAUUACAAUCUGAUGAUUUGUUCAACUGUGAAUUGACCAUUGGAAUUGAGGCCAAAAGAGCUUGGCUGUGACUUUUCAAUUCUGCUAUUUUAACUUAAUGGGAUACUCCAAGCACCAUAACCACUUCAGUGAUUUGAAGUGGUCAUGAUACUGCAGUCUGCAUCUCCAGCAUUUCGCUGUAAAUUUUAACUCUGUGGCGGCUUGCAGAAGCUGGAAACGCGUCAAUGCUGGGAGCUGCACCUAACGAAUCCUCAGUUGCGUCAUCAUGAGUCAACCCAAAGAAUCUGCCCUUUGUAAGCCUAUGUACCCUCAAACCCAGAGAAUCUGCGCACCCUUAGAUUGUAAGACUGCCUAUGCACCAUCAAACCCAGAGAAUCUUCCCACCCACCCAGAGACUCUGGCAGUCAGCCCACACCAUGCGAUUAGAGGAAAUACUUUGGGACUGGUGAAGGUAGGUAAAACCGGAUUUAUUGUGAUGAACGUCAUGAUACUUCAGUAUCGUUGUCUAUCGGUCUGUAGCUUUCCUCAUUUGACUGCUCAGUGUUCUGAUCCUGGGAAGAAAAAAAAUAGUUUAUUCACUAAACUCUGAAUUACAAAAUGUAAAGGUUAGAUAUUUUUAUGUAAAACUAUUAAAUUCUGUGAGACUUGGAAUUGCUUUGUAAUGAAUCGGCAAGUGCGCUG